AUGACAACUGCUGUUGGUGUUAUUUCGAUAUCUUGCUCAUUACAUGUGUUCUUAGUUGCCGCAUCUCCUGGUGCUGACAGUUCCGUUGAUGCGGCCGUCUAUCAAGACAUGGCAGCUGUGUUGUUUUUUUGGCAGAUGAUGCCGACAGGCCUGCGGGCUCACGUUGGAGAUCGGAUCGUACCGGAAUCAGAAUGCCUGAUCCAAGCUAAGGCGGAGUCGGGCAGCUUACAAACCACGUGUCUCAUGAAGUCGCAGCUCGUCACUGGCUCACAUCACCCUUCCCCGGGUCUCCUCGUCAGCGAAAAGCAUGGACAUUGGUCCAAGUUGACUUGGCAAAUCAGGGCAGGUGGGGCUGUUGCGAUGGCGCAAGAGUUCUCAAAGCGCAAAGCCUCUCUUGGCUAUGGACAAGCCGUCGCACCUCAGAGAGCAGAAGAAACUGAUACGGCUUCAGCGUCGAUCGUUCAAAGCGAUGUACUCGGGGUCCCGUCGAUGUUUUCAACUUUCCAUAAGGGAGCCCGCGGGCAUUUCAAUACGGCCGAAGCGCGCGCGCUCUUCGGGAUAAUGCCGAGUAAAAGGUUCUUCGUCUCAUCUAGUCUUCGUUUCGUCCAGCGUUGUGGCCUGACUAAGCGGGACAGUGAGGCCUUUUGGCGCCCUGCCGACGCUUACUGCCGAACCAUUGACCUGUGA